AUGAAGAGCUCUUCUUUUUCUCAGAAGACCCUGACCGUGAAUGAGUCCAGUAGGACUCGUGGUUCUGCUGUUGCGUCCUGCUCUUUGGCUAGGGAUGGGCUCCAAGGGUCAUUGGAGGAGGCUUCCACUAAGGUCUACGUCCACCGUCCCAAUGAGAAGGAAGAGCUCCAGGUGCUGAACAAUCGGUUUGCAGGCUACAUCGACAAGGUGCGAUCAUUGGAACAGAAGAACAAGGCUUUAACUGAUGAGCUGGAAGAGCUGACCAGACGUCUGAAGGAAAGAGGACCUGGUAUAUCCGAUGAAUACGAGAAAGAGUUCAAAGAGCUUAAGGAAUUAAUUGAGAAAUUAUCCAAAGAAAAAGGUGCGGCCGACAUUGAGCGGGGUAACCUAGAGGAAGAAAUAGAAAUCUGGAAUGCAAAAUAUGAUGAGGAGUUGGCCCUAAAAGAGGAAGCAGAGAGGACAUUAAGAGAGUUUCGGCAAGAUGUGGACGAUGCCACCGUGCAAAAGUUGGAACUGGAAAAAAGAGUGGAACAACUGGUGGAUGAGAUCGAGUUUCUAAAGAAAAUCCAUGAUGAAGAAGUGGCCGACUUACUGAAGCAAAUACAAGAGUCCAAGGUGAACGUGGAGUUGGACAGUUCCCGACCUGACCUAUUGGCAGCCAUAAGAGCCUUGCGGGCUCAGAUUGAACAAGCUACGACCAAGAACAUUCAAGAGGCGGAGGUGUGGUACAAAAAGAAGCUUACUACGGUGAAAGGGCAGGUGGCCAAGACCGAGGAGAGGAUGAGGCAUAUCAGGGAAGAUAUCAGUAGAUACAGCUCCCAAGUAUCUGACCUGCAGAGCCAGAUUGAUGCCUUGAGGGCUCAAAAUGAAGCUUUGGAGAAACAGCUGGCAGAUCUACAGGAAAACCACUUGGAAGAAGCUGCUUCACUUCAGGACAUCAUUGCUCAGCUUGAAGAUCGGCUCCUGACAACGAAAGAUGAUUUGGCACGGUAUCUGCAGGAUUACCAAGACCUGCUGAACAUCAAGCUCAAGCUGGAUGCAGAGAUUGCCGUCUACAGGAAACUGCUGGAAGGAGAAGAGGAAAGGCUUGGCCUCAAAGACACCGAAGCACGAGGCGACCAAUCAUAAAGCAGAAGACCACAGAUGUUGGCACCAUGCAGAUCACCAGCCGAACACAAAGUCAGAUGAAUGGGCCUGACGCUAUAUUGCACUGGAUCGAUAUUAACCUCUGUAGCCUCACUGCUUCCAGUGUCUAUUAAGUUUAGCACGCUGCAUGUUUAAUCAGUGUUAAAUGGGAAAUUGUCAGCUCUAAGAGCUACUGAUACCAUUGGAUAGAUGUUAGGGUAUUAAAGUACCUUUUCUAAAGCAGAUGGUGGUUGCCAAAAUAAUAAAGUCACUUUUAUUACCUCAGGCAAGUGUCAAGGAGGUGGAGACACACUGCUCAAGUACCACAGCCUGGCACACCUGCUUGUUUGCCCUCACCUCUCAGCCCCUCAUUGAUUGAUGUACUUUGCUUCCAAUCAAGGAGUGGAUGGCAGGUGAGCAUGAGUGAGGAGGCGUGCCAGGUGUGGCACUUGAGCAGUGUGUCUCCGCCUCCUUGACACUUGCCUGAGAAAUAAAUAAGGCUGCUCCAGGAAAGGAUUUUAUACUCCAACUGCUGUCUGCAGCUCUUAGCAGCAAAUAUAGAUGACAGAUUCUCUUUUAAAGGGAAAUUACAGAUCAUAGUGGUGAAUAAAGUUAUUUCUUCUCUGCAUCAGUAAUUAAAAAAAAAAAAAUAUUAUAAUAUAAUAAACUCCUAUAGUAAGCUUAGAUGGAAAAGAGGUGCAAUUAUUUUCUUGCCACAUAAAAGUAACAUUGAAAGCAAUUCCUACUGAAUAUACUGCUUUUUUUUCCUCAGGUACUUUUCAAACCAUCAUAUGACCAAUCAUGGACAGGGAACGUAGAUUUGUAAAAAUGUCUUCAUAAGAGUUUGAAUGAAUCUGCAGCAGGAUUCAUCAAAUCACAAUCUAGUGAAGCAACCGGUGAUUAGUUUAAUCUUAAAGGGGU